AUAUUUUUCCGUCGUUCUUCGGUCUUCAUCUUUCCUCGCUUCGGCUGUCCGAAAUCUCUCUGCCCUCUCCAAUCGACAGGAAAACCCUAAUGGCGGCAUCUUCCGCCUCCUCCUCCUCCUCCGCAUCCUCCUCCUCCGAUUCGGCUUCCUCGCCGUCGCGCCGCCGUCGCCGCCACCGCGCUAGCGGCGGCACGAGCAGCAGCAGCCGCCGCCGCGAGAGGGAGAGGGACGCCCUCAAAGUCCGCAAGAAGAGCCGGUCUAACGGCAAGCGGCGUCGCCGGCAUCGCAACCGCUCUUCCUCGGAUUCCUGCUCUUCCUCGGAUUACUCCAGUGAUAGUUCUGAAAGCGGGCAUGACACGUCUCAACGCUCGAAGAAGCCAAGAAAAAGUGACAAGCCCAGGAAGCGCAAGGAAAAGGAUAGGAGCAAGAAUCGUCAUCAUAAACGUGAUAAGCAUAAAGUGAAGGAGAGUGAGCAGGAUGAAAGAAGUAGUGGUCCGGUGCAGCUUUCUAAGUUUUUGGGGCGGGACCAAGAUGAUGGUGUUCAUCGCAGUGCUGUCUCUGGCAAAAAGAUUCUUUUGAAACUUGACAAAUCAAAGGAGGACAAGAUGGCUGAAAGCAAAAGAAGUGAACUGCUAAAGUUCUUGAAUGCUAGUUUUGAUUGAUCAUUGAGAAUGUUGGCCAACUGUGGAGGUGAAUGUACAACAUGAUGUUUCUUCUUCCAACCCCAUUUGAUGGUCCUGGGUUCCUCCGGGUCUUUAUCCAUGAGAAGCUGCUGUGAGCUUCUUGGUGACUCUGAUUUGGACGACAUGUUUAAGAAAUGGCGUUUUGACUAUUUGCUUGUUCUCUUGGCAAUGAUUGAAGCAGAUCUAUUUUUAUGGAUACUUUCAACUUUCACCCGUAAAAGGGCAUAAUUUUGAUACACCAUUUUGAGUGCUCGAAAAGAAGCAAAAGCGGCCUGACGUGGUGAUUUCUGGUUGCUUCAUGAGUUUCCUUUGAUCCUGAAGUCAUAGAUAAACAACCUGCAUGACAGGGAACCUUAUGAGGUUAAAGCUUUGCUUUGUGCCAUUGUUUUUUAGGA